AUGUCCCUUAAAUCUCAAAGAAGCAAAUCAAAGUAAACAUAAAACUAGACUCUUGAUACUAGUUAUUAGAAUAAGAGUCAUAGUGAUAAACGUACUAGCAGAUUUUUAGCUAGCUUAGAGUUAAAUAAUGAAAACUCAAAUUCAAACUCUAAAUAAGAUAAUCCUGAAAAAGCAUUCUUGUAUUUGUAAUUUUAAUUUUGCAAGCAUAUUAUUGGAUGCAUGCUCAGAACUUGUACAAUUACAUAAUGAUACCCAUAAAUAAGAAAUUGAUUAAGCUAUUAAAUAAAAUUAAACAUUUGAAUAAGUUGCAAUUAUUGUUCAUUCAAAAUUAUAAUUACUAAAAAGAGAUUAUGUUACAAGUGAAUAUUAAUUGAUUUAAUUAAAAGAAUCUAUAAUCUCAAAAUAAUAACAAUAAAAUUAAUAAAAUACAUUUGAUUUAUAUUAAAAAUUACAUGAUUAGAAUUAAAGAUGGAAAUAACUAUAUUUUUAAGAGGCUAGAUAACUUAUUGAAGUAACUAAAUAAUAAAAAUAAUUUACAAUUGAACUAUAAUAAUAAUUAGAAUAUAUAAAUAUACUAGAAUUGAAAUAGGAAACUUUAGAAUAAAAAUAUUUAGAAUUAUUUGAAUUAAUUCAUAGUUCAAAUUAGAAUUAAAAUAUUGAUAUUAAAAAAUAUUGCAAUACAUUAUAAUAAGCACUAAAUGAUAAAACUGAAUUAUUAUCAGUUUAAUUAUAAAAUUCUAGAAAGCAAUGUAUAGAUUUAUCUAAAAGGCUUUAGGAUGAAAUAAUGAAAGUAAUUUCAUAAUAUUAUUAAUUAUAGGUUUAAGCUGCCCAAGAACUCAGAAUUGUUGACAUGUAGUAUAUAAUGAGUUUAGAAAAUAGUAUUGAUUAAAAUAAUUGA